UCCAGACUCUGCCUCCUCCCUCUUGGCCAGUCGCUGCUCCAACCACCACUACUCCGGCCUGUCAUGCUCAACGUCUUCAAGCUCCCCCUCGCCGUGGCCCUUUUGGUCGGCUCUGUCAGCGCCCACAUGCAAAUGGGGGUGCCUGCUCCCAGAGGGUCGGCCCAGUCGCCCCCGAUCGACUAUGAUCUCAACUCUCCCUUGGACUCGAGCGGACGCCCCUUCCCUUGCGGCGGCAAGCCAGCCGGCCCCGUCACCUUCGAGAUUAACGCCGGAAGCACUUUCACGGCCUCGCUCCUGCCUGCCGACGGGGCCAACUUCCAUGACGGCGGCCAUUGUCAGUUCGCCAUCUCCUAUGACGAGAAGAACUGGGUUGUCCUCAAGACCGUCAUUCGGGAGUGCCUUCGUGCCGACGGCCUCGACUACCCCAUCGAUGUCCCCGCCGACAUCCCCGGUGCCGACCGAGCCGUCUUUGCAUGGACUUGGAUCAAUGCCGAAGGCAACCGCGAGUACUACAUGAACUGCGCCGAUGUCAAGGUCAACAGUGCAAGUACUUCGUUCUCCGGUCCCCAGCUCUUUGUUGCGGACCUGCCCGGCUAUCCCACUAUUCCGGAGUUCGCCCUCGUGCCAGCCAGCCAGGAUGGACGCCAGUACUUGGCCGACGGCGCCCGCCCCACCAUCACCGUCAGCUCCAACGGCCAGGUCCAGACCAGCGCUUCCAAGUCCACGACCAAACCCACCACCACGACCAAACCCGCCAAAACCACCACCACCACCACUACUACUACUACUACUACCCCGGCCAAAACUACUACUACUACCACCACUACUCCUGCCAAAACUACUACCACCACCACCACCACCACUACCAAAACUACUACCACCCCGGCCAAAACCACCACAACUCCUGCCAAAACUACGACCACCACCACUACCCCCGUUCCCACCCAGUCCGGAUGCACCUCUGGCGCCUACGCUUGCAUCGAUGACAACUCCUACCACAUCUGCGACUCUGGAUCGUGGUCCAUCUCUCUUGCUGUGCCUCCCGGAACCCGUUGUGUCCAGAACGGCAACAGCAUCUACUUUUCCUUGUGA